AUGGGUAACCUGGUGAAACAAUUGUGUGAAACAGCGUUUCCAAAAUGGGGUUCCGUGAAGGUUCCAUGGCUAAAAUCGGACUUUGUGAUUGAGAUGGAUGCUAAAAGUUUUGAUGAAUGGCAUGAUGCCUCAGCUGAUCACUCAAGAUUACACCAACAAUCAUCUGUCGAUUCAGAACCACUGUCAUCUCAAGCCGAUCAAAAACAAACAGUGAUUAGUUCUUAUCAAACUAAAUCAAAGAAAAAUUCAGAUUCUCUGCUUUGUUCCCCUUCCUCCUCAAACUCAGCUAGUCCAAAGAAAAUCAUCCAGGACUUAGAUGAACAACAUACACAAUCGGGUAGUAAGCGUACAAUGGAGUUUAGUGGUAAAACAAAUAUAAAUGUUGAUUUAAAUUGUGGACCAGCUCCACUGUGUUAUGAAGAAAAAGCUAUCAAAGAACGAGAACAGUGCGAUUAUACAAUAAAAAUAACAAAAGAAAUGGCUGAACAAAAUAAAGCACCAAGAAAAAUAAGAAUUUAUGCAGAUGGUAUCUAUGAUUUGUUUCAUGCUGGUCAUGCCCGUCAAUUGAUGCAAGCUAAAAACGUGUUUCCAAAUGUUUAUUUGUUAGUUGGCGUUUGUAACGAUACGUUAACUCAUACGAAAAAAGGCAAAACAGUUAUGGAUGAAGCUGAACGAUAUGAAAGUGUAAGACAUUGCCGAUAUGUCGAUGAAAUUGUAAUCGAUGCGCCAUGGGUACUAGACGAUGAAUUUCUAACUCAAAACAAAAUUGAUUUUGUUGCACAUGAUGAAAUUCCUUAUGGAGCUGAUGGACACAAUGAUGUUUAUCAGCAUAUUAAAGCUCGUGGCAUGUUUGUUGUUACUCAGCGUACAGACGGUGUUUCAACAAGUGAUAUUAUUUGUCGUUUGGUUCGGGAUUAUGAUAUGUAUGUGAGACGAAAUUUAGCACGAGGUUAUACGGCGCAUGAUUUAAAUGUCGGCUUUCUAAAAGGCAAAUCGAUUCAGUUUCAAAAUAAAAUGGACACAAUGAAGUCAAAGAUUAGAACAUAUGAAGAAGGAAGUAAAACAUUUAUGGAACGAUGGGAAGAUAAAUCGAAAGAAUAUAUUCAUAAUUUUCUGGGUUUAUUUGAACGAACAAGAUUAGCUCUUCAACGUACACGUUCAUCAGGCAUGUUGGUUGAAGCGAGUGGAAGUAAACAAGAUUUCGGCGGAAGUGGAAGUGAUGAAGAUAUUAUUGAUUAUGAAAAUGGUGGUAUGCGAAGUAAUAGUCCGACACAUAUUGACUAUAGAAACGUUAGUGAAAUAUAUAAAGAAAAUUAUAAUGAGAAGAAAGCCAAGGGUGUCCAGGAACAUAGUGACAGUAAUUAA